GCAAUACCACUUCUCCCACGAAGACCAUUCUCAUUCUCACUCUAAAAUAAAAAGGACUUCUGGAGAGAGAAAGUGGGAAAAUCUGAAACCCUAAACCACUUGGAGCUCUCAGACUGCAGAGGUACGCUUGAAACCCUAAAUUUUACUGUAGCUGAAUAUUUAAAGUUAGAGCUUCAUGGUUUGAUAUGGAUGUGUUUAUGUGACGUGGGUGUGGUUUCGCUGGUUUAUACAUAUGUGUUGUGGGUUAAAUGGGGAAGGGGAGACCUAGGGCAGUGGAGAAAGGGGUGUUAGGGCAAAGUUCAAGUGUUUCAUUAUCAGGGUCACUGAGUAUACCACCUGGGCCCGUGUAUUACCCCAGUGAGGACGAGUUUAAGGACCCUUUGGAGUAUAUAUACAGGAUCAGGCCAGAGGCUGAGCCAUAUGGAAUCUGUAGGAUUGUUCCACCCAAGAGUUGGAAGCCACCUUUUGGAUUAGAUUUGGAUUCUUUCACUUUUCCAACUAAAACUCAAGCUAUUCAUCAGUUACAAGCACGGCCGGCGGCCUGCGAUUCAAAGACAUUUGAUUUGGAGUAUAAUAGGUUUUUGGACAAUCAUUGUGGGAAGAAGUCGAAGAAGAGGGUGGUUUUUGAGGGGGAGGAGUUGGAUUUGUGUAGAUUAUUUAAUGCGGCAAAGCGGUUUGGUGGUUAUGAUAAGGUUGUGAAAGAGAAGAAGUGGGGGGAGGUUUGUAGGUUUGUGCUGUCAGGGAGGAAGGUUUCAGAGUGUGCGAAGCAUGUUCUGUGUCAGUUGUAUAGGGAGCAUUUAUAUGAUUAUGAGGACUAUUACAAUCGAUUGAAUCAUGGGGUAGUUAGGAGUUGUAAGAGAGGAAUGCAUGGGGAGAAGAAGGGCGAACAUGGGGUCGAGUCUUUGAGUUCCAAAAGAAGGCGGAGAAAUACUGAUGGUGAGAAAGUUAAAGUUUGUAAGGUAGAAGAGAAGGAGGAAGAGUUUGAUCAGAUAUGUGAACAAUGUGAAAGUGGCUUGCAUGGGGAAGUGAUGCUUUUGUGUGAUAGGUGUAAUAAGGGAUGGCACAUUUAUUGUCUAGCACCCCCUUUAAAGCGGAUUCCCCCAGGGAAUUGGUAUUGCUUGGACUGCUUGAAUUCUGAUAAGGAUAGCUUUGGUUUUGUGCCGGGUAAACGUUUCUCAUUGGAAGCUUUCAGGCGUGUGGCUGAUAGAGCAAAGAGGAAGUGGUUUGGGUCUGUAUCCCCCUCAAGAAUGCAAAUAGAGAAAAAGUUUUGGGAAAUUGUGGAGGGAUUAGUGGGUGAGGUUGAAGUCAAGUAUGGCAGUGACUUGGAUACUUCUGUAUAUGGGAGUGGUUUUCCUCGUGUAAAUGACAAGAAACCAGAAUCCGUUGAGGAUGAGAUUUGGGAUAAAUACUGUGCUAGCCCAUGGAAUCUCAACAAUUUGCCCAAGUUGCAGGGUUCGAUGCUUCGAGCUGUCCAUCAUAACAUUGCUGGUGUAAUGGUACCCUGGCUGUAUGUGGGAAUGCUAUUCUCAUCAUUUUGUUGGCAUUUUGAGGAUCACUGUUUCUAUUCAAUGAAUUAUCUACACUGGGGAGAGCCAAAAUGCUGGUACAGUGUCCCUGGUAGUGAAGCCAUUGCUUUUGAGAAGGUGAUGCGGAACUGUCUUCCUGAUCUAUUUGAUGCCCAACCGGAUCUGCUCUUUCAGCUUGUGACCAUGCUGAACCCAUCUGUGUUGCAAGAAAAUGGAGUUUCUGUUUAUAGUGUACUUCAGGAGCCUGGAAACUUUGUCAUCACCUUUCCCAGAUCUUAUCAUGGCGGUUUCAAUUUUGGCUUAAAUUGUGCCGAGGCUGUCAAUUUUGCUCCUGCUGACUGGCUUCCUCAUGGUGGAUUUGGAGCAGAGCUAUAUCAGCUGUAUCGGAAAGCUGCUGUUUUAUCUCAUGAAGAGCUGCUCUGUGUGGUAGCCAAGGCUAAUGACUGUGAUAGCAAAGCAUUACCUUAUUUGAAGAAAGAAUUGCAUAGAAUAUAUGCCAAGGAGAAAAAUUGUAGAGAGGGACUCUGGAGCAAUGGCAUCAUCAAGUCAUCUCCUAUGUCACCAAAGAAGUGUCCUGAAUUUGUGGGUACUGAAGAGGAUCCAACAUGCAUUAUAUGCCAGCAGUACCUGUUUCUUUCUGCUGUUGUUUGCUGCUGUAGGCCAUCUGCUUUUGUAUGUCUUGAGCAUUGUAAGCAUCUUUGUGAAUGCAAACCCAACAAACAUCGCCUUCUGUACCGUCACACACUGGCAGAAUUGAAGCAGUUGGUGCUGUUGAUAGAUAAAUAUAACUUUGACGAGACACCCCAAUGUAGAGAUUUACAAAGGCAGCUUUCAUGUUCUGAUGAUUCGAAUGCUUUGACAAAAAAGGUGAAAGGUGGCCAUGUUUCUCUCGCCAAACUGGCAGAAGAAUGGAUUUUGCGUUCUUCUAAGAUUUUUCAGAUUCCAUUUUCCAGAGACGCUUAUGUUAAUGCAUUGAAGGAAACUGAACAAUUUCUUUGGGCUGGUUCUGAAAUGGAUGCGGUGAGGGCCGUGGCAAAGAAUUUGAUUGAAGCCCAGAAUUGGGCUGAAGGCAUAAAAGAUUGUCUUUAUAAAAUUGAAUCAUGGUCAUGUAAUCGGAGCCACAAUUUGGAGAAAGUAGAUUUGGAACAUGUUAACAAUUUUCUGAAUUUGAAUCCUCUGCCUUGCAUUGAGCCUGGGCAUCUUAAAUUAAAGGGUUAUGCAGAAGAGGCAAUGAUUUUGGUUCAGGAAAUUGAUUCUGCCUUGUCAACGAGUUCAAAAUCCUCUAUCCCUGAGUUGGAACAGCUAUAUUCCAGAGCGUGUGAGGUACCUAUCUAUGUAAAGGAAAUGGAGAAGUUGAUGGCAAGGAUUUCUGCAUUGAAGGUUUGGGUGGACAAUGUAAAAAAAUGCAUCCUUGAGAAAUGCCCUGCAGCAAUUGAGGUUGAUGUCCUUUACAGGUUAAAGUCAGAGAUGCUGGAGCUUCAAGUUCAGCUCCCUGAAGUAGAAAUGCUUAUGGAUCUUUUACGACAAGUUGAAUCAUGUCAGGCCCGAUGUAAUGAGAUAUUGAAUGGUCCUAUUAAUCUCAAGCAGAAUGUUGAAGUGCUUCUUCAAGAAUUGGAAAGCAUUACUGUCAACAUCCCAGAGUUGAAACUUCUGAGGCAAUAUCAUGGUGAUGCUGUUUCCUGGAUUUCACACUUUAAUGAUGUUCAUGUGAACAUUCAUGAACGGGAGGAUCAAGAAAAUGUAGUUGAUGAGUUACAGUGCAUUCUAAAGCAGGGAUUGUUGUUGAGAAUUCAAGUUGAUGAGUUGCCUCUUGUGGAGGUUGAGUUGAAGAAGGCUUAUUGCAGGAAAGAGGCUCUGAAGGUAUUCAAUGCGCGUCGUACUAAAAUGACUCUGUUCUCCAUCCAGCAACUAAUGGAGGAGGCUGCCAUGCUACGGAUCGAAGGAGAGCAAUUAUUUGUUGAUGUUUCUGGAGUACUUGCAGCUGCUAUGCAUUGGGAAGAAAGAGCAGCACAUAUUUUUGCAACUGAGGCUCAGAUGUCUGACUUCGAGGAUGUUAUAAGGACUUCAAAGGACAUACAUGUGAUUCUACCUUCUCUUGAUGAUGUCAAGGAUGCAAUUUCAAUGGCUAAGUCCUGGUUAAAGAACUCUAAGCCAUUUUUAGGGUCUUCUUUUCCUGCCGCACAUCCCUCCUGUUCCUUGCUGAAAGUUGAGGCACUGAAGGAGUUGGUUUCUCAGUCAAAGCUUUUGAAGAUAUCCCUGGAAGAACGAACCAUGAUCCAUUCUGUUUUAAAGAAUUGCUUGGAAUGGGAGCAUGAUUCCUGCUCUCUGUUAGAAGAAGUGGAUUGCCUAUUUAACACGAAUAAUAUUGACAAUGCAUUGAUUAAUGGUCUUAUUCCAAAAAUCGAGCAUCUUGUUACUAUGAUUGAAUCUAUCUUGGAAACUGGUUUAUCUCUUGGUUUUGAUUUUGAUGAGAUUCCAAAACUUCAAAAUGCUCGCUCUAUACUGCAAUGGUGCAAUAAGGCUCUUUCUUUCUGUUCUGUAGCUCCUGCACUUCCGGGGAUCGAGAGCUUGAUGGAGAAUGCAGAACACCUUCCUGUUACAUGCGCCUCCAGUGCUCUCUGCAGCUCAUUGAUUGAUGGGGUUAAAUGGCUUAAGAAAGCAUCAGAGGUGAUUCCUGUUUCAUGCAAUGGCAAAAUAUGCAAAUUAAGUGAUGCCGAAGAAGUUCUUUCCGAAGUUCAGAGGAUUAAAGUUUCCUUUCCAUUGAUGGUUGGUCAACUUUUAAAAGCUAUUGAGAAACAUAAGUUGUGGAAAGAGCAAAUUCUUAUCUUUUUUGGUUUGAAAACUGAAGAACGAUCUUGGUCUAAAUUGUUACAACUUAAGGAACUUGGAAAGGAUGAUGCUUUCAGUUGUUGUGAGUUAGAUAUGGUUUUAUCUGAAACUGAAAAGGUAGAGAAGUGGAAGCUACACUGCAUGGACAUUGUGGGGCACCCAGUUGGAGAUGUGAAUUCUUUGCUCGAUGCUUUAGUAAAGAUUAAACAUACUCUAGAUAGAUCUUUGUAUAUAUACAAGAAGGCCAGGGGUUGCAAUCCCAGAGAUCCAUGCAUUCACUGCUUCAGUGACAUUAAGGAUCAGGAGUUACUAACCUGUUCGAUAUGCAAGGACUGCUACCAUUUGCAGUGCCUAGGAGCAACACUAGGUCAUCAAAGUGAUGCAAAAGCAUAUGUAUGCUCUUAUUGCCAAUUCAUAGGGAGUGGGUCCAUUUCUCGAAAUGGUGGUGCUCUGAGAUUUGGAGGGAAACGCCCAGAACUGAACAUGCUCAUUGAGCUUCUGUCUGAUGCUGAAGGUUUAUGUGUAGGGAUUGAAGAAAGAGAUGUAGUACAGCAACUUGUGGAGCUAGCUAUUGCCUGCAAAGAUUGUCUAACAGAAUUGACAGACUUUACCUUAGCUUAUCUUAAUAGAGAUCUCAGCAUCAUCUCAGAAAAACUAACUACUGCUCUGAAGGCAGUUGAAAUGGCAGGUGUCUAUUAUAAUCAUGGAAACAACAGACUUGAGCUGGCAUUAGCAAGAAACUCAUGGAGAGUCAGGGUGAAUAAAUUGUUAGAGGAUUCUCAGAAGCCCCUGAUCCAACAUAUUCAAAAAUUUUUGAAAGAGGGAUUGGCCAUAAGCAUACCACCUGAAGAUCACUUCUGGCAGAAACUUACAGAAUUGAAGUGCAUUGGCUUGCAAUGGGCAGAAAAUGCUAAGAAGGUUUCCAUGGACUCUGGGGCACUUGGAUUGGAUGAAGUUUGUGAACUUAUCACACAGGGUGAAAACUUGCCUGUUCAUUUUGAAAAGGAACUUAAGUUAUUAAGAGCUCGAAGUAUGCUUUACUGCAUUUGCCGAAAGCCCUAUGAUCAGAGAGCAAUGAUUGCCUGUGAUCAAUGUGAUGAGUGGUAUCACUUUGAUUGUAUCAAAUUAUCUUCAGAACCAAAAAUCUAUAUCUGCCCUGCAUGUAAGCCUCACACAGGGGAGCUAUCUGUUCUACUGUCAGUGAAUAAGGAGAGAUCAACUGGAGCUAAAUAUGGAGAACCUCAGACACCCUCUCCACCACACACAGAAUCAAGAAGGAAAAAUAUAGAAGCUAAGCCGAGCCUAAAGCAAAUGAUGCCUGCAGCUAUGGAUCACGGUAAUAUCUUAAGGUAUUCUGAUGGAAUUGAUUGUUUGUUUUGGAGAAACCGGAAGCCUUUCAGAAGAGUGGCUAAAAGGCGAGCUGAGGUUGAAAGCCUCUCCCCAUUUUUCCAUAUACAGUGAUAAAUACUUCACCAUAGAUAAUCAUCAAUCAUUUAAUUUAUUCAAUUGAUUCUUAUGGUUUCAGCUCUCUUUAAGUUUGCCCAAUAAGCAAAUGAUUAAUAGUUGUUCAACUUGUCUCAAUACACGCAAGAUUGCGUGUGAAAUUUUGAAAAGAAGCCAUCAAGUUGAAUUCUCUAAGCUGUUAUUUCAAUUUUUAUGUCGCCCAUCAUGCAGCUAUAGCUUGUUUCGUCAUGAAAAGCAUGGGCUCAAGGAGGGGAAUUUUCAUCCUUUCCCAUGCUAAUAUAGAGGCAUUUUAUUGUCUCGACUGAUUCUGUUUUGUGGAAUUUGAAAUACAGGAUUCUUACAGGGUGUUUUGAGUCGAAAAUUAAGAAACGAAAAGCAUCUCACUAGUUUCAUUAUCUUAGUACCUUUUUUAUAUGGACUAAAAAUCCUAAAAGAGUGGUUGGAGUAUUUGUUGAAUGAGUCUUGUCUCCCAGUAGUUUCAGAGGAAAUUUAUUCCCAUGUAACAACAACUAUUAUCUUGGCUGCUCCAAUGUGGGUGUUUUUUUUGUAAUUUUUUCAAGUGGGCAAAUACUUGCUGUAUGGUAGAGGACAUUGGUUCUGGGUUCAAUUUUUGCCAUUGGAUUACUUGAUGUUGAUCAGUAUCCCCAAGUUCGGGUCCCAUGGGAGUUUGUAUGGCUCCAUCGUGGAAGGUUGUUCAAGGUUUAGGCCCUAUGGAAAGUCCAAAGGCUUCAACUGGGAAAGGAAACUAGUGCAUUAGUUUUAGGUGGGAAUUGUUAUUAGUUUUUAGUAGGUUUGUAUGUAUUGAUUAUUGAUGGGUGUGAAUCAAGGAAUAUUUUUUUAAAAAGGAAAAAAAAGAGAGACGAGGGAUUUAA